AUGUGGGACUCCACCCACAGAAUCACUGCUAUGAAUAGCAGUGAUUCUAUUUGUUUGGUGGCUUUAGCAGUCACAUGUCACGCUGGUUACGAUAGCCUCGACAAUGGAGGACACAACCAGGAUGGUGGUAACCAGUAUACAGCUCCAUUAGUAGGAAACGACUUCUCCAGCCAGGGGCAUGACAUCGCACAAGGCCAAAGUUUCGGCCAUGAUAUUUCUGGACAAGGACAAGACUUCUCAGGUGGACAGGGACACGACUUCUCAGGUGGGCAGGGACAUGACUUCUCAGGAGGCCAGGGACAUGACUUCUCAGGUGGGCAGGGACAUGACUUCUCAGGAGGGCAAGGUCACGGCUUCUCGGGUGGACAGGGACACGAUUUUUCUGGAGGACAAAGUCACGGCUUCUCGGGUGGACAAGGACACGAUUUUUCUGGAGGACAAGGUAACGACUAUACUGUUGCGCUAACGGGCCAUGGUCAGAAUUUGGGCCAAAAUCAAUUUGGAUUAGGCCACGGACAUGGACCUUUACUGAAUAAUUUUGGAGGUGAUACCUAUCUUCAAGCUGCUCACGAUCUUGGAGGCCACCAAGACUUCAGCGGUUCUGAUGGAGGCCAGCAAGGGUAUGGGCACAGCCAGGGAUUCCUCCUAGAAGAUGGAGGCCAUGACUUUGGACACGGAGGCCACGAUUUGAGUAACGUUGAAGCUAUACCAGUUGGUGAGCACACCGAUGAGGAGCACCCAGUUGAAGUGCCACUGUACAAGCAUGUCACUGUACCGAUCCACAAGCCAUUACAUAUCAACGUGCCCAAACCCAUCUUAAUUGGAGUACCACAGCCAUACCCAGUUAAAGUACCAGUACACAAACCUGUAGCGGUACCCGUUGAGACUGAAAUUUCAAUUCCCAUUGAAAAGCCGGUACCUUACCCAGUUGUAAAGCACGUCCCAUAUCCCGUGGAAAAACAUGUGCCAAUCAGAAUAGAGAAAACAGUCACAGUUCACGUACCACAACCCUACCCAGUGAAGAUUCCCGUAUACAAAACAAUUCACCACCACCACAAAGGGCAUCAUUAA